CACACACACACACACACACACACACACGCCCAGCCGCUUUGGGUGCCAGGCCGGUAAGCCGAUGGUCCCUGAGACCGCCGGUAGGGCGCGCAGCGGCUGACCGGGGCGCAACCACUCCUUUCUGUGGCUACUCCCCUCCCUGCACUGGGGACUCCCCCGCUCCGCCCUGCGCGCCCCCGCCGCCCGCCGCAGUCCGCGUCCUCCCAACCUGUCAGCCCUUGGCUGGGCCCCCGGCUCCGCGCAUCUCUGCAUCUCUCCGAGUGCUCGGCUCGCGAGAGCGAGCAGGGGCGGGGACGGCGCCGGCGCCCGAAGGCCGGAGAAGUAGCUCUGCAGAGGACAGCCAGGGGGGCCGUAGCUGUCACAGCGGCUGCCCGGGAGCGCCCGCACGGGGUGGCCGGGAGCGGCGGGGCGGGGGCCGCAAGCUCGCAGGCAGCAUGGCGGGGCUGCAGGCCAGGCGGGUCUCAGGGCUCCCGCUGCUGGCGCUGUCUACCCUGGGCCUUUGCCUAAUGCUGCAAGUCGGCGCCAAGAGACCCCCCAAGACGCCCCCCUGUCCCCCGAGUUGCUCCUGCACUAGGGACACUGCCUUCUGCGUGGACUCUAAGGCAGUGCCCAGGAACCUGCCCUCCGAGGUCAUCUCUCUGACGCUGGUGAAUGCUGCCUUCUCGGAGAUCCAGGAUGGAGCGUUUUCCCACCUGCCACUGCUGCAGUUCCUGUUACUCAAUUCCAACAAGUUUACACUGAUUGGAGACAAUGCCUUCACAGGACUGUCACACCUGCAGUACCUCUUCAUUGAGAACAAUGACAUCUGGGCAUUAUCCAAGUUUACCUUCCGAGGACUCAAGUCUUUGACGCACCUCUCACUGGCCAACAAUAACCUGCAGACACUGCCUAGAGACAUCUUUCGGCCCCUGGACAUCCUGAGUGAAUUGGACCUGCGGGGCAACUCGCUCAAUUGUGACUGCAAGGUGAAGUGGCUGGUGGAGUGGCUGGCACACACCAACACCACGGUGGCACCCAUCUACUGCGCCAGCCCACCCCGCUUCCAAGAGCACAAGGUGCAGGAUCUACCGCUGCGUGAGUUCGACUGCAUCACCACAGAUUUCGUGUUGUACCAGACGCUGUCCUUCCCAGCAGUGUCAGCCGAGCCCUUCCUCUACUCCAGCGAUCUUUAUUUGGCUCUGGCCCAGCCAGGAGCCAGCGCUUGCACCAUCCUCAAGUGGGACUACGUUGAAAGGCAGCUUCGAGACUAUGAUAGAAUCCCAGCCCCCUCUGCAGUGCACUGCAAGCCGAUGGUGGUGGACAGCCAGCUGUACGUGGUGGUGGCCCAGCUGUUUGGGGGUUCUUACAUUUACCACUGGGACCCCAACACCACGCGCUUCACCAAGCUGCAGGAUAUUGACCCUCAGCGUGUGCGCAAGCCCAACGACCUCGAGGCCUUCCGCAUCGAUGGUGACUGGUACUUUGCUGUGGCCGACAGCUCCAAGGCGGGUGCCACCAGCCUCUACCGCUGGCACCAGAAUGGCUUCUACUCCCACCAGGCCCUGCACCCCUGGCACCGUGACACCGACCUGGAAUUUGUGGAUGGCGAGGGAAAGCCGCGUCUGAUCGUGUCCAGCAGUUCGCAGGCUCCCGUCAUCUAUCAGUGGAGUCGCACCCAGAAGCAGUUUGUGACUCAGGGUGAGGUGACUCAGGUGCCUGAUGCCCAGGCAGUGAAACACUUCCGUGCGGGCCGCGACAGCUACCUGUGCCUCAGCCGUUACAUCGGUGACUCCAAGAUCCUGCGCUGGGAGGGCGCCCGCUUCUCUGAGGUGCAGGCCCUGCCCUCCCGGGGCUCGCUGGCCCUGCAACCCUUCCUGGUGGGCGGUCGCCGCUACCUGGCACUAGGCAGCGACUUCUCCUUCACACAGAUCUACCAGUGGGAUGAAGGGCGGCAGAAGUUUUUGCGGUUCCAAGAGCUGGCAGUGCAGGCCCCUCGGGCUUUCUGCUACAUGCCAGCUGGGGAUGCCCAGCUGCUCCUGGCGCCCAGCUUCAAGGGACAGACUCUGGUGUACCGACAUGUGGUGGUGGACCUCAGUGCCUAGGGAGCUGCGGGGGCCUCGGGGUUCCUCGGGCAACGCCGGAGGCUGGGUGGGAGCCUCCAGGUGAGCCACAUAUGCGCUUGUGGGAAGACACACAUAGCCCAUCCACACACGUGCUCUCACGUGUACACACCCCAGUGAGCAUGGGCCGCACCAUGAACUAUAGCCCAGGGAUGCCCCUUAAUCUUCACUGGAAUCAGCAUGAAGACUUAUAUGCACACCUGGCAACCCAGCGCCCAGUGCCCUCCCACGUAUGGACGCCUGUUGACCCCGCCCGCGGCCGCUGUUGCUCUGCUGCCUUCCACAUGCUCUGGCCUGGGGAGGGGUCCUGGGAGGGAGGGAGGGAGGGAGGGAGGCUGAACUGCUCCCUCCUGCUCUUCGGCUUAACCUUCUGACCCUCUAGUCUUUCCUGUUGGUGCUCCGGGUGUCUGUUUACCUGCUCACGCUCCGCAUUGCAGCCCGUGGCCACAUCCUUCAUGCUGCCGGGCACACUCUCCCACGCCACAUGCCCUCUGUGGGCACAUGUGGACGUGGACACACUCCUUCAGUGACAUGCACACACAUCUGUCUACACGCCUGUCUCCGUGUGCACAUGUACAGCUUCAGUGCUGCCUGAAGGGGGUCUCCUCCGUGACCUUGCCUCUCUUCCUGGAGGGGCACAUAGUACCGGUCCUCCUCCACUCACCCCCUGGUGUGCCCACCCAUGGCCGAUAAGACGGGAAUGGUGGUACCAGCCUCUGGGUACCAGCCGGACUUCCUGGGGGGGCAAAGCCCCUCUGCCUGAAGCAAUAACAACAGCCGACCCUGACUUCUUCCCAGCGCUGUCUCUGUUCUCACUGGAGGUUCCUUCUCUCACCCUGAAUCUGGUUCACUCACAGGAGACCACCCAGGUAAAGGCCUUCUGCUUUUCUUUCCUGUAGCUGCCCCUGCCUCUGGCUGCCCUCUGGGUUCAGCCCUACCUUUGGGACGUGGACCCUGUGCUGUGUGGGCUCCUUUGGGUGUGUCCAUGGGCUGGCCAAGCACCUUAGGUAUCUGGGCAGGUGCCAGGAGUGGAGAGCACCCUGGGGGCCCUGGCACCCCUCUGAACCACAGAGACACACCCCAAGAGCACUGCCUUUCAGUGCAAGCUGAGUCUCAAGCGGGAGAGAGGGAGGGAGGGAGGGUCCUGAGGAAGCGGCCCCUGACAGCCAAGCUUCUGCUGCCCUCUGCUGUACACUGGGAAUAGAAGGCUCUGAGAUGCAGAAUUGGUGGGGGAGGCGCAGGGUGGGGAGGCUCUUCCCUGUGCCCAAAUGGUGUGAGGGCCCCCAGGUAGCAAGAUCCCACCCCAAGAGGCACUUGGGGGCAAUGAUCUGAUUCACUUGUUUCAAAUAAAAAUCCCACCCCACUGAUGGCUCUCAGGUAUCCAAUAGCGAUGAUCUGCAGCUCCUAUUUCCUUAAGAACAAAGCUGUGUUUUCUGUCCCUGAUGCUUAGAGGGGACCAGCAUCAGAUGUCAGACCCCCUUCCUCCCUGCUCCCCUCCCUCUAAGGAAGGAGUAAGCAUCCCAUGGUCAGCUGGUGCUGGGGUCAGGAGUUCACGCUGAUGACACUCAGCUGCUGGGCCAGUGUGACUAGUCUCCAUCACCUGGGGCUGACUCAUGGCCAAGUGUUCCUUCCUGGAGAUCACAGUCUUGGGGCCCAUUGAGAUCAGAGUCUGUCCCUCGGUCAGGUCAAGUCCAACCAAUAGGGCUAAGGACAAGCUCAGUGGUUCGUCGCCUCUCCAUCCCCCUCUGCUGGACAAACAUGCAUCAUGGUUGCCACCCUCAGACCUGGUGUGAGAUUUCAAGCAAGUGGACUGAUUUCCCCCAGCUGAGCGUCUCUUUCUGUAAAGUAGAUAAUAAAACCUACUUUGCC